GAAACAGAGGCGCGGGCUGCAGGAAGAUGGCGGCUCGGCCGCGGCGGCAUCGUUCGCGAUAUGGAAAGCUUCCACGGGGUGAUUUUUGCGAUGGCGCUAAGAAGACAAUUGACAAACACUCUUGUACGACUUCUAUGGAGUGGGACACGCAGGUAGUGAACGGGUCCUCGCCGCUUGGCCCCGCAGGCCUGGGGACGGAGGAGCUGCCAUGUAGCCCGCGGUUGCCGUCGUGGCUGCAGCCGGAGAGGUGCGCCGUGUUCCAAUGCGCACAGUGCUACGCCGUGCUCGCUGACUCUGUGCACCUCGCCUGGGACCUGUCGCAGUCCCUCGGAGCCGUGGUCUUCUCCAGAGUCACAAAUAACGUGGUUUUGGAAGCUCCCUUCCUAGUUGGCAUUGAUGGUUCGCUCAAAGGCAGCACUUACAACCUUUUAUUCUGUACUUCCUGUGGGAUUCCCAUUGGUUUCCAUUUGUAUUCUACCCAUGCUGCCCUGGCUGCCUUGAGAGGUCACUUUUGCCUUUCCAGUGACAAAAUGGUGUGCUAUCUGUUAAAAACAAAAGCCAUAGUAAAUGCCUCUGAGAUGGAUAUUCACAACUUGUCUCUACCAGAAAAAGUUGCAGAGCUGAAAGAGAAGAUAAUGUUAACACAUACUCACUUACAUUCACUGAUGAAGAUUCUGAAGGAAGUAACUCCCAACCAGCCCAAGCCAGAAAACUGAUCCAGAAUUAAAGCCUAAGUAUCAGGUUCAGGCCUUAUUGCUGUGUUCCAUCAACAGGUGCUAUUUGAUCAAUUCUUGAGAAAGAUCGGCUUCAAGAAGGGAUGGGAACUGUGGUUUAUUAUGCUUACCUCUAGGCUGAUUUUCCAAAUGAUUUGUGAAGCUGUUUCU